AGUACAAUUUGCCACUUGGCAGCUUGAGCUAUACAAAGAUCUUCACAAAUUCCUUAAAUUCGGAAAUCACAGUGGUCGAGACACCUGUGACAGUGGCACUGAAGACCAUCUCGUUUGUUUCUGCUUUUUUUGCUUUGUCUUCAUAACAUUAUGAACCUUCCAGAUGAAUCCAUGCUGCUACUUUUACAAGCGUUGAACUCCUUUAUUUAUCAAAGAGAUUGAGAAUAUAAUCCAAAGCAUCCCAAAACAUUCCACCUGUUGGGGUCAGAGACUCGAGAUGAAUUUUGGGGACAUUGCUUGCCUUUGUUCUUUUGUAGUCUUUGAAGAAACCUUUGCGUGAAACUCUAAAAUUAGUCCUUGACUGAAAAACCAUUUAUAAGUUGGUUCUGCAUUUAAGUUCGAAUCCCCCUCUUCGUAGUUUAAAUUAGUUUAAAGUAAAUUAUCGCUUACAUAAAAAAUAAAAUAAAAAACCAUUUAUAAGUUGGUUCUGCAUCUAAGUUCGAAUCCCCCUCUUCGUAGUUUAAACUAGUUUAAAGUAAAUUAUCGCUUACAUAAAAAAUAAAAAAAACCAUUUACAAGUUUCUGAUUCUUCAUCAAGGACAAGUUUGAUUCUUAAGCUCAUCAAUUAUAGUAACAUUUAUAUGGUUUUAAGUCGAUAACCUUCAGUAUUAGAAAUGCUAUCUUAAUCCCAUAAGGGAGGCAACAGCAAAAAAUAACAUCCUUCCACGGCAAUAGAUUCCAAAGGCAAUGAAUGCUAUCUUUGAUCCCUCUGUAUCUCAAACAUUCUCACCUUAAUUAUUGCAUGAACAUGACCAAUUUUUUAUUCUUCACUUGUAAAACUCAAGCAAAGAAUCUUACCUUAGCUACAAGACUGUUGAGAAACCCUUUUUUUUAAGCUAUCAAAAGCAUACCAAACUUAACUGGCCAUUUAACCCUCAUCUCCAUAUAAGCAUCUCUCAUCUUGCUGCUACUUCCAAAUUGGCCUGAGUGAGAAACUUAGGAUUUUCCUGAGAAAAAAAGAAAGAAAAAAGAAAACCCAUGAAGAUUGACAAGGAAAUCUCUCACCCCAUCCACCUACAACACAAGCUCAAGAUUGAAUACACAGAGAUCCCAUUCUACUGUGAUGGGUGCAAAGAACCUGGCAUUGGCCUUAAAUACAAGUGUCAGAAAUGUGAGUUUGACUUGCAUAAGGCAUGUGCUGUGGCUGCUCCCAACAUCCACCAUCCCUUCUACAACAAAUGUGAGUUUCAUUUUCUUCACAACCCGCCUGGCGCUGCUAGGAGAGUGUGUGAUGCAUGUAGGAAGGAUGUUUUGGGGUUUGUGUACCACUGCUGGAAAUGUGAUUUUGAUCUGCACCCUUGUUGUGCAAACCUCCCACAAGUCCUAGACGAUGGGGAGCACAACCUUUACUUGUGCCUCAAGUUAUCUAGUCCUUGUCAUAGGUGUGGAGGCAAGGGGCCUGGUUGGUCUUACAGGUCUGAUUGCAAGACCUAUAACCUUCAUGUGUCAUGUGUGAAGGAGUUGCUUGUGGAGAGCUGGCAAGCCAUGUAUCUCAAUGUGGACAAGAACAAAGUUAGGGAAAUGCAGACUAGAAUCCCAAGCCUUAAGGGAACGCUGAAAAACCAUCAUGGAGGGAGAGGAGGAGGAGGAAAGGUCAGAAAGUGUUGCCAGAUUGCUGGUGGUGCCGUUCGUGUUAUUGUCUCUGCCAUCCUGGGAGAUCCUACUGCUCUUAUAGGCGCGGUUGUCGGCGGUUUCAUAUCCAAGUAGAAGGGGGGGAAAUGAAAACAAGUGUGCUUAGUAUGUCUUGUUAUUACUUUUCUUCAUGUUUUCCUGUUUCACGGUUUGUUACUUGGUUACAUGUAAAUUUAUAAGUACUGUGUGUGUGAAUGAUUAGGACCCUGCAGUGUCCUCCAAAUCUGCAUAUUAAAGUUAAAAAUAUGUUUAGAUAUGACAUUGUGUGUCGUUUCUUGAGUAGCAUUUCAUUCGGAUAAGGAAACAACUGAGAAUUGGUGCCU